UGCCGCAUCUCACGCACGCUUUACGUGCCUUGUCAUCACGCACUGGGACAGGUUCGGGCUUCCAUCUCGCACGAUGAGGCGGAUCCACGCAAGAAAACACGUAGAGGCGUUUUUCAAACGUGGACUUAAGAUGGUGAUUUCAAGUGCGGCGCGUUGCUAAAAAUGUAUCCUGUGGACGGCGGAGGAGGGUGCAGUGAGCGAAACGUGAACGUGAUGCCCGCGUGACUGCGGGGAGGCAAAGCGGCGGCACACCAGGCGGACUUGUCAGCGUUCGAUCUCCGUGAGGUGUGCGUGGAGCGUCUACUUUGGUGCAUUUUUUCCAAUCGACGGAAAGCCGGUUCGCGGUGACGAGGUGAGAGAUCGACGUGGUUUUUCUCUCAGUGGUCCAAACGGAAGGUCGGCUGAUGCUCCGCACGGGAGGAGAACACACACAGUCGAGCGGCCCACAAGCUGAGAGAGAUGCUCGUCUUUCCAUUUUUCUCGUUUUUUCCCCUGUUUGACAACGCGAGGCCUGCUGCUGAUUGCCGCAAUGUCACCAGCGAGAGAGUGGAAGUAGGAGAAAGAAGGAAAGAAAUUCAAAUAAGCGAGUAAAAGUGUCAAUAUGAGCCACACAGAGGAGUCUCAUUGCAGGAGGAGGUGCUGUGAGCUGUAUUGACUUAUGCAGCCAUGGCCGAGACAGUCAAAUGAGCUGUUCGUGUGCUUCAUUCUCAACUUUCUGCUGACCGGGGUCAGAAUGUUCCGCCAGCCUUGAACUUUGCCUCAAGAACUAUAAAUUGAAUCCCAACCUCGUCCCAUCACAUCUCCGAUAUGCCCUCGCCGUCAGACUCCAGCAGCGUGGCGUCGGCUUCGGGGUCUCGGGGCUGGUCGGACAGCCGUCGGGGCAUCUCGGGUCGAGGCCCCGGGGGAGCGCGGUUGCUCCUCUACCUGGGUCUGUGCCACCUGGGCCUGGGCGCCAUGGUGCUGGCCUUCUCCUUCACCAGCAUGGCCUUCACCUCAUCUGCUCGUGUGAGGCAGUCCUGUCCCUUCUGGGCUGGAUUUUUUGUGGUGGCAUCCGGAAUAGUUGGCAUUAUCUCGUGGAGGAGACCUUUAACGCUGGUGGUGUCUCUGUUCAUGCUGCUGUCUGCAGUGUGCGUGAUCCUCAGUCUGGCUGGCUCUAUGCUCUCCUGUCAAAACGCACAGAUGGUCAAGUCCAUGCUCACAUGUCAGGUUGAGAAUGGCCGAUGCGUGUGUUGCGCACCCACUGAAUCCUGCUCCAGCAAAGAGGAUGGAACCCUCGUCCUCAACCUAAAUUCGGACUGCCACUCAGUCAGACAUCAACUGAAGGACUUGUUGUUUAGCGCAUGUGGUCUUAGCAUUCUUUCUACCAUCAUCUGCACUCUGUCCACGGUCACUUGCAGCAUCCACAUUUUCUCCCUGGACCUCGUGCACCUGCUGGCGCCUCAUCGUUCUCGUUCCGUCAACCCGGAAUGCACCACGCCUCAGGACGCCUUCCUGACCAACAUCAUGGACUUCGAAGAGUUUGUUCCACCCAUUCCGCCACCCCCUUACUAUCCUCCUGAGUACACUUGCAGCUCUGAGACAGACGCCCAAAGUAUCACCUACAAUGGCUCCAUGGAGAGCCCCAUUCCGCUCUACCCGACGGACUGUCCUCCUCCUUACGAGGCCGUGAUGGGACAAAGAGCUGCCAGCCAGGCAACAAUGUUCGACCAACACGGUGUUGAGCUGUCUGGGGAGCGAGUGACUUCGACAGCUUUUAGCGGAGAAGUCUCCAUGGACAGUGGAUCUCUGCUCAUGUCAGAGAUCGUGGACAUCCCAGAUGAUUCGUCCCCGUCCGAGGACUCCUGUCUGUUGGAGGUGGCGCUGAGGAAUCAAGGCGGCAGGGCCAACAGGGCGGCCAGCAGGGGGGCAAGCGAGGCGAGCGACGGGCCGGACAGCGGAGCGGAGCGUCCCGGCCUCCGUGGUCCUCGCUCGCAGACACCGGAGAGCCCUCUGGCAGGAGGACCCAGAGCCAGACGUUUCCUCAGGGGAGAGAGGUCCAAUUCUUGCUCUUCGCCCAGUACUGCAACCACCACGUACAGGUCUCCAGUGUUGCGGCGGCAGGCCUCGCUAGCUCGGAGCUGUUCCCAGCUGGAGGCCGUAGCGGGGUCCGCCGCGCGACAGAAAACAUGCAUACCGGACAUCCGCGUUCGCCCCUCCACGCCUUUACACCAAGCAACUGCCCGUGACUCCUCCGCUCCCCUUAACAGCGAGCAGUGUGUGGGUCAGAGCGAAGGACCUCCAUUACAGCGUCAGCCUCUGUACCUGCGACGGCGGGCCGGCAGGAAUAACGGCGAGGGGGGCAGAAAUGACAACGAAGACCUCCCACGCAUCAUGAGGUCACACAGUGAGCCAGGCCUCAGCUCCUCUACAGGUACAGCUGACUUGAGCUUUGGGUGCAGCAAAGCUUCUCCAGACAUAGGUCCGUCCUCUGAGGCGUUGCUGGUGCCCCGUACAUCUUUGCCUCCAGCUACCGCUUUGCCAAGAAAAGACAACAUGACGUCCACAGAUCCGGGUGUGCAAGUUCCCUCCAAAGCCCCACCUGUUUCCCCCCUCCGUUUACCCAGAGAAUACCACCGCUCCCUCGGAGACCUUAAGGUGACUCGAGUUCUGGUCGCUCGCUUCCUGCAGCGCUCCAAACGAAACCUGGCGCCAUCCUCGGAGCACGCUGGGGGUGCAGGGCAGAUACCUAAAAGGAGGGGAGGGGCCGAGGGCACCGCCACAAACCAUCUGUCUUUGGAGCAAGUUUGGCGGGCUCCUUGGAGCACCAGUCGAGGUCAACCCAACCACCACACCCACCAUCACUCCCACAGCGACAGCAGACACAACCGCAGGCACAGUGGCCGCGCCCUGGAGGGCAUCCACCUGCGCAGCUGCGGGGAUCUAAACUCCUCGUCCUCCGUGUCCGUACGCCGAUUAGUGUCGCCUCACCUUCAUCGUGGAUCGUCGGGAGCACUCUACUCAGAGUCUGCACUGUGAGGAGGAGGAGGAGGUUGAAGAAUUAUUGAGUAUCAGUCAGACAUUUGAGACCUAUCAACUCCAAAGUCUACUGGCCUGAUUCAGUAGGUUCUGUACAUCACUCUGAAUAGCAGACUAGAUGCUCGUCCGGCCUCAUCAAAACAUUGUUAGCCAAGACCGACUUUCCAUUCUAUUGCAGCUUUCCCAGUGGAAAGAUCCCGGACACUGACAGGCCUUCAAGCAAUCAACAUAAUGGAUUGCAAUAUGCUAAAGGACCUUUUGUACAUUGUAGUUCAACAUAAUGGGUUGGCAGGUUGAAUGAUGAUUAAAACAAUUAUUUUGUCUUCCAUGUAAAAAAAAAAAAAAAAAAAAAAAAAAAAUGAAGAGUCUGACCAUGCAUAUUUUGCUGAGUGUAAUAUAUGAUAAGCAAACAUGUUGAUUUUCUUUUUUUUUUUUUAGAAAUUCUACACAUCUGCUGCUCCUAACGCAUUUGCCGGCAUACAUAAUAUGAAUGCAUGCCUUGUAUUCUGUAUGGCUGGCCCCUUUGAAACAUAGUUUGGUGUUUCUGCAUGUUUUGCGACCCCCACAAACAUCAGACAGGGUAUAUCACGUUCUUGAAAUGUCUUUAUUUGCAUGGGUUGACACUUUUGCCCUUCGUCCACACAAAACAUACAGGAAGUGUUAAAGGACAGAUACAUACUUUAUGUGUCUUAUAAAGUGUUGCAAACAAAUAUGUCUAUGCAGCACACUCGUUUUGGUGUGCAAGUAUGUGCAUAUCUGAUUGUGGCUUUAGCAGUCAGAUUGUGUAAGACAAAUACAAAUUCAUUGCACGGUGACUAACAAAAUGAGUCUCUUGCAAUAAAUGUACAUAUUUGUAAGGACACUACAGUGUUGGGCUCACACUAAGGGCAUCAAUGUUUUUUAUUUUCCCUUCAAAAAGUACCAAAGUGAUGGUGACAAUAAUAUCAACAACGGCCCAUUUUGCAUACUUAUGAAAUUAGUUUUCAAUGUUAUGUACUGUACAAGUAUACACACACAUACAGGCACUCGCCACCGAGAUGUGUUUCUACCUCCUCUUGUCUUGCAUUAUGUCUUGCAUUAUUUAUUUGGAGAAAUGUUUAUCUGUAUGACAGGCUCUGCAGGAUACAGUCUUAAAACCUGAAUAAAUUGUCUGUAAAUAUAAAACAUAUUUAUUGGGCCCACUUUGUGAACUGCA